CGCGCGCGAGUCUCGAGUGCGUCGGUGUGCACGUGUGUGCGUGCGCGCGAAUACGUGUGACCGGCGUGUCGAUGCGGGGAUUUGGCCAGUGUGUCAGUGUGAAAGAAGACAAUUGACUCGCAGCCGCCGUCGGACGGUGCUUGGCGGGGGCCUUCUGACGUCACAUCCUGCCCCGCGUACGAGCCGCGAUCUCAUCUGGACCACGACGCGCAAAGCGAAUGAGGGACAAUGAUCCACUGCGACAAGAGGAUCCUCGGGAUCCUUGUCUUACUGAACAUAGUCGUAAAGAUGCCGGCGAAUCGGACAGAUUCGCCAAAAACGGACACGGUUGAAGAAACGGAGAUUCUUAUCACAACCAAGAGAAUUCUACCGGACAGGUGUCUCGUCAAGACAGAACCUGGACCUUGUAAUCACUACGUUAAUAAGUGGACCUUCAACAAGGCCGAGGGGAAAUGCCGAACGUUCUCUUACGGUGGCUGCCUCGGAAAUGAGAAUCGAUUUAAUUCGGAAGCUGAAUGUCUUCAUUAUUGCAUCGGCGGUGCCGACCAUACACUACCGCCUCUCAUAACAAAGGGUGGCGUAUUCGUGACAACGAGCACCACGACAAGCAGCACAACACCUCCGACAACUUCCAGCACACCGCGGCCGACUUUCACACCCCCGAAGCCGACGAAGCCGCCGGUGCCGAAGCACAAACGAGGAAAGGAGUUAACUUUCAUGGAAUCAGGCCACGAGAAGACGUUCAUGUUCGCACAAAGUAAUACUUUCAUCCAGCUCGAUGGUCCUGGCAUCAAAACUUUUCAACUGAGAUUGUGCCGCGAGAUAUCAUUCAAGUUCCGUACAAAACUUCCGCACGGUUUGCUAGUCUAUCACAGCGUCAAAGAUCGCCCGGAAAGUCUCGACCCUUAUGCUCUGUACGUGAUAGUGGAAAAGGGUCAGCUAAAAGUUGUUCACGUAUUCGGUAAACAAUCGACCAGUUUGACAGUCGGCGAAGGUCUCAACAGGGACGAAUGGCACAGCGUUCUCGUCAGGAUCGAUGUGCACGGAGCGAAGUUAAUCGCCAGAGUCGACGAUAAACAAGCCGAGACUACUCUAAAAGUCUUGGAACGUGUCGUGAAUUAUGGCGUGUCCGAAGAGUUAGCUUCUGUAGUUCUAAUCGGAGGUAAGCCAAAUUUUUCGUUAAACAUCCAGAGAUUUUUUAGCAUCCUUAUCUUUCUCUCUUCAUCUGCCUUCGCAGGACUGAGCUCCGAAGAACGAUUACACGGGGUAAAAUACAUAAUAGAGUCCUUCGUCGGCUGCAUCAGAGAUAUGGUUCUGAGUUCCGGAAAAUCUGCCAGCGACUUACUACCCAUUCGACCGUUAAUCGCGACUAAGCAUGAGAAUGUUAAGGAAGGCUGUAUCGAUAAAUGCAGAACACGGGAGAACUUAUGCUUCGUUCCCAAUCAAUGUGUGAAUCAUUACAACAGCCUAACGUGCGACUGCUUCGGGACGAAGUACGAGGGUGAACGUUGCGAUGUGUACACCGCAACGAUACUGACGCUAAGAGGUUCGUCGUACGUGUCCUUCCGCGUGUACGAUUGGAAGGAUCGUGUUCACUCGUCUGUCAACAGGAUCAGCCUCGCUUUUAAGACAAAAUGGGACGAUUCGGCGCUGUUUUACGCUUCCGGCGAGAUCGAUGGCACGCCGCAUUACUUCGCAGCUUCGAUCAUAAACGGAUCAGUCUACGUUGAGCUCGAUUUCGGGCACAACUCGAAGAUCUCUACCAUGUUGGGCGAUUAUGUCACAUCCGAUCAUUGGAACAACUUGACCAUUUUUCACAACGGAUCUGUCGUUUUCGUCAGUUUGGAUGAAGAGGUGAAAGUGCUAGAAGUGCCGGGAGAAAAUUACAAUAUGAUCAUCGAUCCCGAGAUAUACAUCGGCGGUGGACCGGAACUCCACAAGAAGAAGGGUCUUCUGUCACAUAAUAACUUUGCAGGAUCCUUGAAGUACGUGUUCUUCAACGACAAAUCAAUUAUAUACGAAUUGAAACGCUCCAAUCCCAUGGUGCACUACAUCGGCGUUCUAGAACCCGAGUACUACGAAGCUGACGUCGAAGUCAUCCCGAUAACGUAUCCUUUCGCGGGAAGUCACAUUUGGUGGCCCAUCGAGCGAACCGAUUCGCUGAAACUGAACUUCGACUUCAAGAGCUCGAAGCCGAUCGCUGUCGUCGCUUCGGGAGAAGUAAAGAGCAAUCGCGGACUUGGCUAUUGGGAGCUCCGUCAAGUGAACGACGAAAUCCGUUUCCAUUUGCUGCCGAUCGUGACGGAGAACAUCACGGUGUCGGCGGCAGUGAAAUUUCCGCCCUACAACACUUCUUGGCACGCAGUGGAACUUAAUUACACGAAGGGCGAGCUCAGUAUCUUAGUCGAUUACAGGAACAAGCAGAGCAAACUCUUCGCGAUGACAUUCGAGUUAGGCGAUAAGGUUAUUAUAGGGAGUGGUAAAAGUAACGCUGGUCUGGUGGGAUGUAUGCGUGAGAUACGAGUGAACGAUCAAAGAAUCGAACCUAGAUACGUGAUCAACACCGAGAGGGUGAUCGGAGAAGUAGCUUUGGACAACUGUCAGUUCGUGGACCCGUGCAAAAGGCCGAACACUUGCGAACACGGCGGUAAAUGCUCGGUCAAGGAGGAUAGAAUCACGUGCGACUGCACGGAUACUGGAUACAUCGGGAAGAAUUGUCACUUCGCACAAUACAGGAAAACCUGCGAAGAACUGGCCCUCCUGGGAUAUACGCAGGACGACGUUUACAAAAUCGACAUCGACGGGAACGGUCGGUUUCCGCCUGCCUUGGUAAAGUGCGAGUUUCAGUCAAUCGAGGACUCAACUAAGACGAUCGUCGAGCACAAUCUGCCCUCUCAAGUGGACGUCAGAUCCAUCAUCGAGAGCGACUUCUCCUUCAGCAUCAAGUACAGACAGUUCACCGCGGAGAUGCUUCAAGAGCUGAUCUCACAUUCGCUGUAUUGCAGUCAGUACGUGAAGUACGACUGUUACAAGGCGCCCUUGGAGUUGCACAGCGCCACGUGGUUUUUAGGAUCAAAGGGCACCACCGUCGAUUACAUCGGGAACGUCAAUCGUGGGUCCUGCCCUUGUGGAAUGAACAGAACAUGCGUGAGUCCCAACUUGAGCUGUAACUGCGAUGUCUCCACCGGAAAUGCUGGGAAAUGGCUAUCGGACGAAGGAUACUACGAGACACCCGACUCCUUGGGCAUCACCGGGAUGGUAUUCUUGCAGCAGAGAGAUCUCGAGGAAGACGCUCGCGGACGUAUCACCUUAGGUCCACUGGAGUGCGUGGAAACAAACACGCAAAAGUACGUGGUAACAUUCACUACAUCGCAAUCGUACAUCGAAGUGCCAGGCUGGAGAAAGGGCGACAUAGCUUUCAGCUUCAGAACAACGGGCGAGAAAGCUAUCCUUUUGUAUCAGCCACCUAUCCGAAACAAUUAUCCUUCCUUCAUGGUCGCGUUGACAUCCGAGUAUCGAUUGACCUUCAAUUUCACCCUGAACACUGGCACUAUUCGCGAACUGGAAGUGAAGAGUCGGCGCAAGCUGAACAACGGUGAAUGGCAGAAGAUCUGGAUCGACUACAACGACUAUCACGUACGAUUCAUGAUCAAUACCGACUUCCAGAUGGUAGAUCUGUUGCCCGAGGAGGAAUUCGGGCCUUUCGAAGGUUCGAUGUUCAUCGGCGGCGCUACUGCAGAACACCUGAAGACCUCCUCUGUUCGACAAGGCCUCAUCGGUUGCUUUCGCGGUCUCGUUGUGAACGGAGAGAUAUUAGAUAUUCACAGCUACAUGUCGGUACAUCUGUCGGAAAUCAUCAAGGACUGCAAGCCUUCGUGUCAACCUAACAAGUGCCAGAACGGCGCCAGGUGCGUCGAACUGUGGAGCAACUUCGAGUGCGUGUGCGAGAAUCAAUGGGCACACUUAGGCACUUAUUGCGAGACAAACAUCAACAACAAAGCUCUGACGUUUACUUCACCCGGAGCGUUCUUGAAAAAGAAUUACUUCGGAUCAGACGACAACGAGGAGAGGAUGCUGCUGAAAAGCAUGCUGUUAGAAAAUAUUCUGAUCAAUCUGAGAACUUACGACACGCAUUCCCUGAUACUCUACGCGAACGAUCACCUGAACAACUUCGUGCAUCUUUACGUCUCGAACGGCACCAAUAUCGUAUACCUCUUUAACACCGGCAAUGAGAUCAUGAAUAUCACCGUGGAGAAUCCAAAUGUCAACACGGGAAUCUCGGUGCAGAUCGCUAUAAUUCGGGGCGAGAACUGGACCACGCUACACGUUAACGAAUAUAACGUCACGUUGAACGCGACGCCUGUACUGCUUGACACAUACUCGAACAAACCGUGGACCAACCCGGAGAAAGAGGUUUUGGCACCGCAGCGACCGCCGGCGCCGCCGACUGACUAUUUUCAGGUAAAUUUAGGAGGAUUCGAUCCUGACAAUCUACUAAGAGUCGGAAAGGAAGGCGCCUUAAUUCAAGGUUAUAUCGGCUGCUUACGUGGGCUUAUGAUAGGCGAGUACCUCGUCGACCUACCAAACUUAGCCAGCGAAGCGAAUCACGAAGGCAGCAAAGGCGUUCUGCCGAAUUGUCAGAUGAAAUGCGACGCGAUGCCUUGCAAAAAUUUGGGAAUUUGCACGGAGGAUUUUGGCAGGCAAGAGUCCUCCUGCAACUGCGAACUGACAUCUUAUUUUGGCGAACAUUGCGCCGAUGAAAAGGGUGCAGACUUCAGCGGGGAGAGUGUUCUUCAGCGAGAGUUCGAGCUGGAGGGCGAGAUAAACCAGGUGAAAGUUCAGCUGGCAUUCUCGACGAAUGAAUUACGACAACGAACUACCGCGUUGCUGCUGGUACAGACCGACAACAAAAGGAGCUACUACUUACUGGUGGCCUUGACAUCUGAGGGACAGCUUAUCUUCGAGGAGGAUCGAGAAGGCUCAGCUUACGGAGUGCGUCUCAACGACCGAAACUUCCUCAACGGUGCACGUCACAGCGUCUACUACGAUCGCGACAAUAACACAUCCACCCUCUUGAUCGACCGCGAACCUGUGCCAUUACUGCCUAUACCAAUACUAAGCUUAGGAGACGAGGACUCUGAAACUCCGGGUGCCACGGAGAUCCAACUUGGCGGACUGAACACCACUGACCCGCGAUUCAGCGCCUACAAGGGAUAUACCGGCUGCCUCAGCAACGUAGUGAUAUCAAUCAACGGCGGCGCCGGUAUGAAACCGUUGGAGGAAUAUAUGCUUUUUACGAAACAAGGCAGCGAAACGGUCAGAGCGACGAUACCCGCCGGCGUUAGAAGCGCCCAAUGCGCGGUCUUUCAUGCUCAACCUCAUGGCCUCGAGCCGUCUAGGAACGAUAGUGUGGGUCGUGAUCGAGCAUGGGUGGAGGACCCACCGGAAAGGAUCCUGUACAAGUCGCAAUACUCGGGCGCCACUCAGGAAGAGCAGGGUGCAGGAACAUACAUCUUCAUAGCUCUGUGCUGCGUCUUCGUGGCCGCAGUGAUCGGCUGCAUUUACGAGGUAUGGCGAAGCGCACGGAAGGACCGUCAACGACGUCGCACCGCGACUACGGGAACACCACCGACCACUGCGGUCGCUUCUGGUUCGCAACGGUGGCAACCGCAGUAUACGGAGUCCCUGGUAGCUGCCGCCGGCGUGAAGACAGUCGGCUUCAAGAAUGUGAUAGACGACGACAAGAGGCCGAACGGGACUCAUGUGAAAGUGCCCAGCGCGAAGGAAUACAAGCCACUGCCGAAUACGGAGCCGAAGGACUUAAUGAACGAUAAAAAGGUUCACAUAAAAGCGGACGAAGAGCCAGAGAAAAAGGAGCUCCUAGGGGUAAAUACAGGCAUCGUCACUAAACCUGCGAAACCGAAUCCAUUCUCGAUGGAAGAUCUGAGAGAGGAACCAGAGUUGGAAGAGCGCGAGGAAGAAGAAGAAGAAGAAGAGGAAGAGGAGACGCAAGAGCCAGAACCGGAACCAGAGCCGGAACCGGAACCGGAACCGGAACCGGAAUCAGAAUCAGAUGCGGAUAAAUCCAAGGAUCAACCGCAAAAUAAACAGCAACAGGAGGAGGAAGAGGACGAGAGUAACGAUCAUGACGGCGAGCUUCUCGUUAGGCCGGCGCCUAUCAACAAAGAUACUGGACGACAAUCAAAGAUGCAAGGAAAUUCCUCCGUAGAACGAAACAAGCCGAUGAUCUUCAAUCUGUUUCCUAUCUUUCUACCGGAUGGCCAACGAACAUUCGGCAAUCCACUGAGUUAUCUCGGAGGUCCGAGGUUACCAUCGAAGAAUAGAUCCUCUAUCGAAUCGGUGCUGUCGUUAGAUUGAUCGUGGAUCGUCCGUACUUUGCCCUAAGUGACCACGCAAGAAUCCUUAGGACAACGACGAAUCGUAUUUCCCGAUCGAGAACGAAAAGUCUCGAACGUGUUGAGUGCCAAAACAAUAAAUUUUUCUCAGGAUAAUUUCACACAUACUAGAGCAGAUUCCAAAUGCUUUAUUUAUUAAAAAUAUUUCUAAAAAGGAAAAAUAUAUGUUUAUUUAAUAUUUCCCUUUGCACUUAACACAUUCGAAAUUUUCCGGUUUCAAUUCAUCUCUCAUUAUUACAGAGUCAUCCGUUUCUCGAAAGGCUCGUGUUAAUAAUAUUUACAAUUUCAUCAAGAUUCGUUUGGAUCAAAAUCGCAAUCGGCGAAUUUCAUCCGCAAUAAUGCAUUAUUGCUAAUAAAGAUGAUCUUAGACGUGAUAAUGAGCUUAGCAAGAUAAUUAGUAAUUAUGACAAAUCCGAUAUUUUUUUUGCAACAAUAGACCUAAGAAUCUGUCGUGCUCAAAUGUUUCUCUUCAUAGAAUGAGAGUUUUUUGUAAAAAUAAUUAUUUCUGAGUAUAUAAGAUAAUUCUUAAUAUCUUUCUUCUCAUAUUAUAUUAUAAAAUUUUUAAUUUCAUAUGUAUUUUGCAUCCUUGAAGA